UUGAAGACUAAUGUUUACUCUUAUUUGAAGGAGGAGAGAAUAAACUCUGUCCCAGACCACUUGUUCAAGAUUAUUUUAGUUGGCAAUUCAAGUGUUGGAAAGACUUCAUUCUUAAGGCGAUUCUGUGAAGAUCGUUUUUUCCCAGGCACAGCUGCUACUGUGGGUAAGUUUAAGAAACAUUACAAAUAUUAUUAUUCCUCCAGCAGUACUUAG